UCCGCCUCUAGAGGGAGUAGGGCUGUGCGCACGGCCCCACGCGCAGACCUCGAGGUCCUUGUUGCUCUGCGGUCGGGUCCUCGCUCUGUGCGGGGAUGCGAUCUGGAGCCAUGGCGCUCGCUGUUCGAGUCUUGUAUUGUGGAGCUUGAGGCUACAAGCCCAAGUAUCUCCAGCUCAAGGAGAAGCUAGAACAUGAGUUCCCCGGAUGCCUGGACAUUUGUGGCGAGGGGACUCCCCAGGUCACCGGGUUCUUUGAAGUGACUGUAGCCGGGAAGUUGGUUCACUCCAAGAAGAGAGGUGAUGGCUACGUGGAUACAGAAAGCAAGUUUCGGAAACUGGUGACCGCCAUCAAAGCUGCCCUGGCUCAGUGCCAGUGAACCCUGGAGGCAGGGUGACCUCCUGGCAGCCGCCUUAAGACAGGAAGGACUGAAAUGUCUCAGACCUGUGGUCUUUCCUCGAUGUUCCUGCGGCCACCAAGUCAGGCCAGAGGGUGCCUCUGUGAGGGGGUGUGCCUCCCCAGAAUCCACCUGUGCACGCACCCUGCCCUGCCCUUCUGCCCUCUUCCUCACCUCUCCCUGAAUUCCUCCAUGUCUCCCAUCUACCCUCCUGCCUUGGUUUCCCUUCUCCAGCUCAGACUGCAAGAAGAUAAGCAGCCGUGUUGCCAACUGUUCCCAGUCGAAUAAAAGUUGGUUGAGGCAACUGAA